CCACGCCAGCGUCAGAAUAACGACCAUGUCACCCUGUAGUGGCUGUCUUCCAGUUUUCCAGUAUUGUGAACCGGGUGUUUUACGAUGUGUGGACUGUAGUUUACCUUGUGGUGCCACGGACAACCAGCUGAUGCAGUUUGAUUGUAUGCAACACUGUAGAGCGUACAAUGCCCUGCGACUAAGUACACGAGCGCCAGAGACCGGGCCUAGCAAAUAUUCACCUGGACCUUCCGACCUCGACCCCCCUGCCUCGACCACACCCAUCCUUCCUCGAGAGACAGAUCGCCCUCUACCGGUCAUCCGUGGAGUUACAUUCACAGUGGUUGGCGUGGUCGCCUUGGCUGUGGUUUUUGCUCUCGUCAGCGUAGCCAUCGCGGUUCUGAUUUGUAGACUGCGCAAGAGAUAUCGAAAGAGGAGUAUGCAACGAGAGACUGAAGCCUGUGAACUAGCCGUGUUCGUGCCUGAACCUGCUAUAGAGCCAGCCAUGGACCCGCUGUGUAUUGUAGAUAAAAGCUUCGAUGCCGGGAUCCCGCUCGGCACUACAGAACAGGGACCGUCUCAACCUUCCAGCUACGGUGGCGCCACCAGUCGGAACCAGGAUGACUUGGCCACCACAGCUCUCCUCAUCUGCCGGGAUCUUAAUGGGGAUUGUGGGAAGUGUGUCGUUCCUCCAGAGGAGGACACGAGGCUCAAAAGUUUUGGUUGA